AUGAUUUUUACAGACCUCAUAAAGCGCUACCGGCAUGCCCAGACGCAACAUGCCCAGACGCAGAAAACCCUCGCCAAGCUGAAAGAAAAGGCAGCGAAAGAUCGCAUAUGGGAGCCGACAAUGGCAAAUACCUGUCAAAUGCGGAUUGGGAUCUAUGAGAGAGAGCAGACAAAAGGCUUUGCGAUCCUCCACCGCAUCAAGGCCCUGGAGACCCUCAGUGCCAAGGAGACAGGCAAAUCAGAUGGCGAUGGCAGCGAUCCGCCACCAUACACAAGCACCACGAUAGACAAGGAGAUUUCCACGCUGAAGAUUCUCUACCGAGAGCACCUGGGCACUCUUCAGGACAUACUGAAAUGGCAACCAAACGGGUCUUAUGCCGGGCCGUAUCGUCUGUUUGAGUUUCUCAUAGCUACGCAUAACGAGAAGGGGCAGACACUGGCGUGGGAGAAAUGCCAGCAUGACUGUGCAAUGCGCGGGGGCUGCUGUGGACGAGCGUGUGGGUGCUACAAUCAGCCCCUACGAGAACUUUUUAUUCCCUUGUCGAACGGGAAACGGAAGGGUGUUGUAUACGGGCACUGUACGAGAGAGUGUCUAUGCUGCAAUCAGUUUCAUGGGUGCUAUGUUCCUGAUGCCCAGUUGCCUGAGAUUGAUCCUGCUUUGCGUAAGGCUAUCGCUGGUUGA